AUGCCCACCGUCUGCGCCGCGCACGAACCAAUUCCCUAUGAAAAAUGGCUAGCCCUAACUCCCAUCCUGAGGGACGCAUUUCUCGCCAAGGCGAGAUUGCUUCUGAUUUCUGUGGGUUAUGGGCUGCAGAUGGGGCGAUAUAAGGAGUUGGCUGUGUCGCUGUAUGGGGAUAUCUCUGGGGUGGUUUCUGUUACUACUUUCAAGGAGAGAUUGAAUUCGUUGACUACGGCUGAGAAUCUCUCCAAGUCGUGCGAGAGCCAGUUGACUAUUGGGGCGAGCUAUGGUGGUGCCCGUGGAGGCGCAGACACCGGCAAAAACACGAAGACAGCUCCCACCCUCACCACCCUCGAAGAGACAGUUCACCGCAGCCUCCCACUCCUUCACGAGCUGCACGACCUCCUCCAAAACACCAACACAGACACCACCUGGGCCGACGAAGCCACAAGAAUCACCACCCUAGCCACACCCCCCAAAGUCUACAUCGCAGUAACCGGCAACACCGGCACCGGCAAGUCGUCCCUGAUCAACGCACUAACCGACGAAGAGCGCAUCCUGACGACGAACUGCAUGCGCGCCGCAACAGCGGUGGCGAUCGAGAUCGCGUACAACGCCGACAGCACCGUGCGGUACCGCGCGGAGAUCGAGUUCGUGAGCGCUGCAGAGUGGGAGAGGGAGCUUGUCGCGCUGAAGCAGGCUUUGCGGGCGGAGGCAGAUGCCGUCGCUGUGGGGCAGGUUGCGAGUGAUUCGGAGGCGGCGGUGGCGCUGGAUAAGAUCCGCGCUGUGUAUCCGCGUUUGAGGACCGCGGGGGAUGUGCUUGAUGUGGAGGUGGGGGAGUUGAUGGCUUUGCCGGCGUUGAGGGGGAGGUUGGGUGGGAGGGUUGUGCUGGAGGAGGAUGAUGUGAAGUUGUUUUCGAAGAAGCUGAGGGCUUAUAUUGAUAGUCGGGCGGAGGGGAAGAAGAAGUCGCCGGGGAAGGGGGAGAAGGAGGCCGAUGAGGGCGGUAUCUGGCCGCUGAUUCGGGUUGUCCGCGUGUUUCUCAAGUCCGCUGUGCUGGCGACCGGUGCGGUUCUGGUUGAUUUGCCGGGUGUUUAUGACUCGAAUGCGGGGCGCACGGCCGUGUCGCUGGAGUACAAGAAGCGAUGUGCUGCGCAUUGGGUCGUGGCGCCGAUUAAUCGGGCAGUCGACGAUAAGGUGGCACAUGAGCUGCUGGACGAUAGUUCCCGGAUGCAGAUGCACAUGGACAACGCGUUCAACGACAUUACUUUCAUCUGCACCACGACUGAUGAUAUCUCUGUGGCGGAGGUGGAGGAGUCGCUGCGACUGGAGGAGUCGGCCACCGAAUUGAGUCAGGACCAGUCGACCCGGCGCGAGGAGCUUCAGGCUCGACUGGCAGAGCUGUGCAUGAAACGGGACAUCAUACGAGAUGAACUAGAGACUGUGGACGACAAUGUGGAGAAGCUCGAGGCGCAGCUGGCGGAGGCCCCGGCUGACCUGUCGGAAACGUCGCCCAACAAGAGGAAGCACAGCGAUAUCACUCUACCCGGUUCUGCGACUCCUGAGAGGGAUGCGUUCCAAACUGCCGAAGCUCCCCCGGCGUCUAGGCAAACGCCGGAGUUAUCAAACAGAGAACAGCUCACUGCGCGUUAUGCGUCUGCCAAAGGCAAACGGAAGGAUCUGAACGCCCAGCGAAAGCGGCUCCGACAGGAUGUCACGAGGACCGAGGAGGAGCUGCACGCCCUGAACAUGCAGGACAAGGCACGCAAGGAGCAGGCAAAGCGGCAGUGCGUAGAAGCGCGCAACGCAUACUCCAAACAGGAGCUCAAGCGUGGGUUUGUCCAGGUCCUGCGAGAGACGGACCAGGAGCUGUACGAGUCACCGCCUCGGCCGGAGCGGGAUUACCGUGCGGCGGAAGAACAGUUGCCAGUGUUCUGCGUGUCGACCCGCGCGUACCAGUGGAUUCAGGGCCGCAUGCCUAAAGAGUCGGUGGUCGAGGGAUUCACGACGCUCGAGCAGACUGAGAUCCCCCAGUUGCAGCGCCAUUGUAUCUCGCUGACGGAGCGGGCGCGCGAGGCGGCGGCGCGGCGGUUCCUGGUGGAAGUUAACCGGUUGCUGCAGUCGCUGUCGGUGUGGACGACGCCUAACCCGUUGACAGCGGAGUUGUCAGAGGAGCAGCGUCGUGCUAUUGAGGUGGAAUUGACACGGGCUGGUGAGAAUAUGAAAGACACAUGGCAGAGACUCCGAGCCCGAUUCGGGGAGAAGCUUGAAGAAGCUAUCGAGCACCACAUCGCAUCCAAAGCCUCGGCCAUCAUUGCCCGAGGCCAGGAGAAAUUCCCUGGGGCGGUCCGUCGGUGGAACACGACCAUGCGAUACAACACGCUUCAAGCCGUCUGCCGCGGCGACGGGGUACAUCGCCAGCACAACCUCAACCAGGAACUGGCGAAUCUGGCGCUCAGAAGGCUGGUCGCUGCGUGGCGAGUUGUGUUCGACGAGAAGGUGCCGCAGCUUACGCUGGACCUGCAGCGCAGGCUGGACCGAACCCUCAAUCGAUUCCACGCAGCCACAAUGGCCUCUGUUAGCGACAUCCCUGCGUCGGUCAACCAGCGACUGGGUAGUAUCAAGGGGGCUACGGCCGACAGCUGUGCACAGCAUCUCCGGAUGGCGGAGGAAGGAAUCCGCAACGGGUCCAAGGACCUGCACCGACAGUUUGCGGAAAGCAUUGCGGAGAAACUGAGAGGGACUUACCGGGCGUGUGCAGAACAGCAUGGCCGGGGAACCCUGCGGCGGAUCCAGAGGAUCAUGUCGGACACGGCGCGAACCCGCAGCCAAGCGGUGUUCCAGCACAGCAUGCGGCGUCUGGUUUUAGAUCUGGCGACGCUACAGCGCAACAGCGACUCGCAGCUGCAAAGCAUCGAAACCACGUUCACCGGGGUGGUGCGCGACUACCACGCGGCGCUGGUGGCACCACAGAUCCAGCAGGCGACGGCGUCCCAGGCGCAAAUCAAGACGGCGGUUCAGACCCUGGUGGAGAAGAUGGAGACGACGUUACAGCUGGAGGCGAUCUUGACGCCGACUUCUUCCCCGACUGUGAAGAAGGAAGAAGAUGUGGAGGCGUUGGACGAUGGUCAUUGA